UUUAAAUCGAACUAUGCUGCUUGCUCGCUUCAUUUUUUUUCACCACACUGGAGGUGCUCUUAUCAAUAUUCAGACUGGGAGUAAAAAAAAAAAAAUCCUAAAAAAAUGUUCAGCCUGGGCCCGGCCACAUUUGUGGACCAGCAUAGCAUUUAUAGGCACGGCACAAUUCGUCAGCUCCUCUCGCCCUCGUCUCGGAUCGGAUGCUCCCGGCGGCGAGGGGUGGCGCGGCGGUCGCCGGUUUAUGUCACGAGUGCAGCGGCAUUGCGCGAUCCGCCGAACCGCUUCGCCUCCAGCGCCUCGGCCUCCUCGACUCGCCCGAGGCCGCCGUGUGGCGCGCUCCGCUCACUCAAGGUUCAGAACUGAAGGAUGCCACAGUGGUAAACACUGCUGCUUGGUGCAGCGUCAAUUUACCUCUCAAAUUUGGGGAUUGUCUCUUGCUGGAUAGUUUAUGCCCUCCAGGAAAAACCUGUAGAAGGUCCAUGGCAUCAUGGACCAAAGGGUGGGUGUUGCUCGAGAUCACUUCAACUGUAAGCAAUUAAUUCUCUUCCUUGAUAAAUCAUUAUCUAUGCAACUUAUAGUACCAGUUGAUAUGGUCAUCUCUGAGAUUCUGACUGCCAUUUUCUUAUUCAUCUGCAAAGAAAAUUACCAGAAGACAACAUCCAGAUUAUUGUGGUUUUAUCGACAUGUGUUUCAGUUGUGUAAUCAGUGAGUGGACAAGAUGAAGUGUUUGAGAGAUUUUAAGGCAAAAAAUCCUGAAUGGCAAAACUUCACUAUACAACUACACAGAAAGAAGGCCUGGGAAACCUGAGGUUCUUUUGGAAAUGAUGGGGAAAUCUGUAUAGAUUUUUGCUGCCUAGGACUAAGGGUAGAAACAACCGACCAUUUUCCCCCCCAAUGUCAAAUCACUUCUACCGACUUUUUGUUCCCUUGCAUAUUUUCGUCCUAGAGCCACAUUCCUGCCAAUUUUACCUAGAUACGGAAGACUGGAAAACGAAAUAGUGAAUUACGUUAUGUUGACAUAGACUUGUCAUAACCGGAAAAAAAAUUUAGGAUGGCCUGGAGUUUUUGUAAGCUCGUCAUCUAAUCAGGUAACGCAUUUCCUUUUGUACUAUCUGCAUCAUAAUUGACCAGUAGUAGUAUGAUAGACUCUUUAUUUGGUCAGCUGACUUCCAAACGCUUGCACUUUUCUCCUUUUUAUUUUUUGAGGGAGGAAUGGUGGGAGUGGGAGAGGGAGAGGGAGAGCAUUGCAUUUCCUUCCUCAGCUUUUAAAGCUUUGUUGUCCUGGUGGAAUUAUUUCUCUUUUCAUAUCUAUUCAACGUAACACAUCUAUGGAAAUCUGCAUCAUGUACCGUGGUGACAAGAUGACCUCCCUAUCUAUGUUCUUUUCUAACUAGUAGUGCACCUCAGGAGCCAAUGUAGGUCAUUUCAGAAAUACAGAUAAGAUGUUGCUCCUUUAUCUUUGAGACUUUAUCAUGACCCAAAACUUCUCUUGUGAUAUUUGGCCGCCCUGCACGGGACAUGAGUGCCCCGCUGAAUUAUCUUAUUGUUAUGAUUUCACUAGACUAGUGCAAGAAACACUUUUGCAAUCAAACCCUUGUUUCAGAGGAGUUAUACUGAAUUGUCUUUCUAUGGGUGUAACUUAGUCCAGUCCCUUGUACAUUUUGACCACCAAACGAGCUGUGAAAGGAAUACAAUCAUAUAGGAAUAAACAAGUAAGCUAAAUACUGAUCUUUUCAAGGGUGAAAAUGUGAGGACCACUAUUCUCAGCAAGUAGCAGGGGAAGGGGAGCACCUUGCAGUUUGGUCUCUGGAGUUGUAACUUCCUGGAAAUGUCGGAGCUGAGAUCUCAUUC